AUGCAUCCUCAUCUCGAUAUCAAUAAUCAAAAGCAAUGUGCGGAUCUUAUAUUGGCAUUAAAAGAAUGCCAUAAACAUUAUGGAAAAAUUUUUGGAGAAUGUAACUCCAUCAAAUACAACCUAAAAGGUUGUUUGAAUCAAGACAGAAACGAGAAAGCAAAAGUCAAUCGAGAAAAAGCACUCCAACAGAAAACAUCUUCCAUGGAGCGUCGCCGAAUGAUGGAAGAACAGGAGGCAGAAGAAAUUCAUGAGUUAUUACUAAAAAGCCGAAAUAAGUCUUCUUCCGAUUGA